CAUGAAGUUCACUCUCGACUCCGAGUAUAUUUCACUGGCGACGAAGGUGGGAUCCUGAUGAGCUGACCGCCACCACGCACUGCACCGCAGCACCGCCACCUGCUGCACCGCUGCAUCGCACCGUGCAUCCAGGCUUCAGCUCCAGGACCCAAGGAACCCAGAAUGGCAACCGACAGCAGCUUCUUGCCAUUCAAACCAGCAUCAGGAGACUGGGAAGGGUACGCCGCCCGUUUCAACUUCCUCCUGCAAGCGAAAGAAGUCACCAACGAUGCCAUGAAGAGGGCGACAUUCUUCAGCGUCUGUGGAGAGGAGACGUUUGAAAUCGCCCGGGCUCUCCUUGCACCUAGAGAUGUCGCUACCGUCUCUUACAAAACAAUAAUGGAACGGCUGAAGGAGCACUUUUCACCACAGCCCUCGGUGGUAGCUUGCCGAAAUGCCUUCUACGCAAAGCGGCAAGCCCCGGGGGAAACCAUAACUGGGUUUGUGACCUCCCUCCGCCAAGCCGCCCGGUUAUGCAACUUCGCAGAGUUGGAGAACAUGCUUCGUGACCGCCUCGUCGGUGGCCUGAGGGACGAGAUGUUGCAACGACGCCUCUACGCCAAAAAAGACCUCACGUUCCAGAUUGCUCUGGAGGAAGCCCUGGCAACCGAAGCCGCCGAGAGGUCAACGCAAGAGGCACGACCGGCCCCGCCAUCCCAACCGAGGGUCUACCACGAAGACCUCACCGACGAAUCCGAAUCUGACAGGGAGGAAGUACACCGAGUACAGCGGCGCACUCAAGCAGCACACACACCACAGCAGCCUCGACGAGAAGGAGGGAACUGUGCAAGCUGCGGGGAGAACCACGAGAGGAGGACCUGUCGUUUCCGCAACGCAGAGUGCAGGCAGUGCAGAAAAUUGGGACACAUCGCCCGGGUGUGUCGGGCUCGACUCACCCGUCGACAAGCAUCAGAUGACCGACCCAGGAGCCCCAGGUCACACGGCACCAUGCACCAAGGCAACUCGACGGAGAUCACGGACUACCAGGUAUUCCAGUUGCCCCAUCCCAGCACAGAGAAAAUUUAUAUAGAGGUACAGAUAGAGGGAGCCCCAUGCCGCAUGGAGCUGGACACGGGUUCAACUCUAUCCAUAAUCUCGGCCCGAACAUUAAGGGAACUGUGCCCUAAUGGGGGUCCCAAACUAAGGCCGGCCCCAUUCACCCUCCGGGACUUCCAGAAACGUAAGGUCCCUACAAUGGGGGUGGGGACCUUCAGGGUGCAAUAUCGAGGGCGAAAGCAACAAUUGGACUUGCUGGUAGUUAAGGGCCCCUACGUUAGCUUACUGGGACUGGCAUGGUUUGGACCUCUGGGGCUAGCCGUUACCGGGGUGAACCGCACUAGCUUACAAGUGGACGUGGACACCAUAUGCAAAGAGUUUCCAGGGGUUUUCGAUGGGGCAUUGGGACGAUAUACAGGACCCCCCAUUGCCCUACAGCUAGACCCCGCUGUACGACCCAUCAGGCACAAGGCCCGCCGGGUCCCGUUCGCCCUGAAACCCCGCAUAGACGAGGAAUUGGACCGGCUCGUGGAGCAAGGAGUGCUGGAGCCGGUGCCCAACGCCCCCUGGGAAACUCCAAUUGUCACACCCGUCAAGCCUAACGGUUCGGUCCGCAUCUGUGCAGACUACAAAUGCACCAUAAACAAGGCUCUCACGGCCCAUGCAUACCCAGUGCCAGUGGUCAGCCAUGUCCUCGCCACCCUGGCUGGGUCAAAAAUCUUUGGCAAACUGGACUUGGCCCAAGCAUAUCAACAGUUGCCUGUGGACGAAGCCACAGCAGAGGCUCAGACGAUUGUGACGCACAGAGGGGCAUUCAGAGUAAAGCGGCUGCAAUUUGGCGUUAGCGUGGCACCAGGCAUAUUCCAGAAUCUAAUGGACUCUCUCCUUAAAGGGAUUCCUGGCGUCACCCCCUUCUUCGAUGAUGUACUGAUCGCCGGGCCCACACCAGAGGAAUUUGAGGACCGCCUCCGCUCUGUCCUGCACCGUUUCCAGACGGCGGGCCUCAAGGUGAAGCGGAAAAGUGUUUACUGGGAGUGCCGCAGGUGGACUUUCUGGGAUUUAAGGUGGACGCAGAAGGGGUCCAUCCAACCGGUGACAAGGUACGGGCCAUUUGUGAGGCCCCAGCGCCCAAGAGCAAGCCCGAACUUCAGUCAUUCUUGGGACUAUUGAACUUUUACCAUGCCUUCCUUCCCCAUAAGGCAGCGGUAGCGGAGCCCCUACACAGACUCCUAGAUAAAAGGGCCCCUUGGGUGUGGGGCCAGCGACAAAGGGCCGCAUUCCAGGCAGUCAAGGACUUGCUCGUCUCAAACUCGGUCUUGGCACACUUCGACGAGAGGCUGCCAGUGGUGCUGGCAUGCGACGCCUCUCCCUAUGGCAUCGGCGCUGUCCUGGGACACCAACUCCCGGAUGGAAGAGAGGUGCCGGUGGCAUACUUCUCCCAGACGCUUGCUGCAGCCGAACGAAACUACUCACAGAGUGACAAGGAGGGUCUGGCAAUCGUGAAGGGCGUAAAAAAAUUCCAUGAUUUCUUGUACGGGCGGCCCUUUACCAUAGUGACUGACCACAAGCCGUUGCUUGGCCUGUUUGCCCCCGAGAAGCAGACCCCCCAAGUGUUGUCUCCACGUGUCCUCAGGUGGUCAAUUUUCCUUGCCGGCUACCAGUAUGCACUAAUCCACCGCCCUGGGAAGGCGAUGGGCCACGCAGACGCACUCAGCAGGCUACCACUACCAGAAACAGGCCCCGACCCAGCGCCUGCGCAAGAGGUUAUGACCCUGGAGCUGCUUCCCGACCGACCCAUUCAGGCACAAGAAGUUGCGCACCAUUCCACAAAAGAUAGGGUCAUCUCCCGGGUCCUGGACUGGGUGUGGCGAGGAUGGCCCAGCAGCAGCCCCGGGCCAGAAUUCGCUGGCUACACAAACCGCAAACAUGAACUGUCGGCCCACAAGGGGUGCCUGUUAUGGGGAAGCAGGGUUGUUGUUCCCCAGCCCCUCCGCAAAAGGGUCCUCACAGCCCUACACGAGACACACCCAGGGGUAGUGAGGAUGAAGGCCCUUGCCAGGAGUUAUGUGUGGUGGCCGGGGAUUGACAGAGAGAUAGAGGCCUGGGUCCAACACUGCCAGACCUGCCAAGAAUCCCGCCCGGAUCCCCCAAGGGCCCCAGUCCAGCCCUGGGAGUCCGCCCAACAUCCAUGGUCACGCUUGCACGUGGACUUCGCUGGCCCCUUCCAGGGAAAAACAUUCUUCAUAGUGGUGGAUUCCUACACCAAAUGGCUGGAGGUCGCACUGGUACCGUCCACUUCUACGGCGGCAGCCAUCCGGGUACUACGUAAGCUGUUUGCAACCCACGGGCUCCCUGACACCCUCGUCUCGGACAAUGGAACCGCAUUCACGUCAGAGGAGUUCCAGACCUUCACAGCGCAGAACGCCAUCCGCCACAUCCGCUCAGCACCAUUCCACCCCGCCACCAAUGGCCAAGCGGAGCGCAUGGUGCGGACCACCAAGGACAGCCUCCGCCGCAUAACACAAGGGGACUGGGAAUACCGCCUUGCCGCAUUUCUUCUAGCACAGCACAGCACCCCAAGCACAACGACGGGCCGGAGCCCAGCUGAACUACUCAUGGGCCGGCGCCUUGCAACUAGACUGGACCGACUUCACCCCGACAGAGCUCAGGAUGAGGUAGUGGUGGGGAAAGGCAGGAACCCCCGGACAUUUGUGGCCCAGGACCCAGUGUAUGCAAAGAAUUUUGGGGCAGGCCCAGCAUGGGUACCCGCCACAGUCACCAAGGUGACCGGUCCCGUGUCGUACGAGGUACUAACGGAAGGGGGGCAAUGUUGGCGCCGCCACUGCGACCAGCUACGGCGACGAUUCCCAGGAGGAACCCGGGAGGAGAGCGGGACAGAGGGGUCCCAAGGGGACAGCAGGGCAGUGAGGCCUGUAGAGCGAGAGGGGUGGGCAGGGGAAGCAGAAGCAGUAGGCACAGAGGGGCGCCCCGAGGCUGGAAGGACACCGGAACCAGAGUCACAACCUAGUGGUUCAGUGGCGCCAGACCAGACAGCCCCGGCACAGCCAGCAGCCUCGGAACACGAGCCAGAACCAGAACCCCUGACCAAGGAACACCCCAGGCCACAACGCACACGGAGGCGGCCAGCAGACCUUGGGGACUACGAAUGCAACUUCCCGGGCAGGACUGGAACUUAGAGGGGAGGGGUGUUAUGUACUGAG